AUGGUUGUUCUCAAUCCUAAUAAUUGGCACUGGGUUGACAAAAACACACUCCCAUGGACUGAAUCCUACCUUCAAAACUUGCCUGCAAGUUUACCAUCUGUGGUGGCAUCCAAUGGAGCACAUACGGUACGAAUCGUAAAAUUGGACUCGGUGACAGGCGAUUCACACGUUUCUCAACGUAAGGGCAAGGUAAUCUGCUAUUUUGACCUCAAUGUCCAGUUCGUGUCUCAGGUAGUUGAAACAGAAUCGGAAACACUGGUUUGUGAAGGCAAAAUUUUGGUCCCUGAGCUUGUGCACGACGAAACGGAUUUCGAAAUUCGACCAGAGGGAUUUGGAGAACACUAUGUAUUGGUCAAAGAACAGCUACUCCCCGAUCUUCGUGCUGCACUCUGCAAGUACCAAGUAGAUCUCAUCGAGCAGCACUCCAGGGACGUGCAGCAGUCGUGA